AUACUUACCUAGCGGAUCUGGAAAUCUUUUGUAUGUUUAUAGUGAUUUCCACGUCGCCGAAGAAAACAUAUUCUUCGAAUCCAUCUAAUUAAAACAUUUUAAUAAAAUAUACUAUUGGUUACAUUUGGUGUAAUACAAUGGGUAAGUGUUAAGACGCGUAAAUGUUUUUAUAUCUAUAUUUUAUAAGCAUUCAGGGAUCUUAUUCUCGACAUGUGUUAAGCAUCUUUAUAUUUUUACUUUAAUUUUUAACUUAGACUUAGAGACUUAUGACUUAGUUGUAAAUUUGCUCUAGUUCCGUUUUGUUGACUGAGUGAUAUGUCAUUGUACAAAGUCUGACAUUAAUAAAUACAGAUAAUCUCUCAUUUUAGCGAAAAUAAAUAUCAUAAUUAAAUUUUUAUAAAAAAAUAAACUGAUUUAAUUAAUUGAAAGUGCCGGUAAUUUUUACGUAAAAUACCGUCUUGUUACGGAAUUCACCAACAAAAAAACAAUGAGCAGUAAUUUCAUUAAACAAAUUGGCUAAAACCGAGGACGGCUGCCACAGCGUCUUUUGUGUCUUUAUUAUAGUUGCAGUGAAUUAGGGUUUAGGUUAGGUUUAGGGAUCGAUUUAGGGUUCAGGUUAGGCAUAGGGAUCGAGUUAGGGUUCAGGUUAGGCAUAUAGUAAGGGAUCGAUUUAGGGUUCAGGUUAGGUAUAGGGAUCGAUUUAGGGAUACAUUCGUGAAAUUCGAUUAAAAAGUUGCAGGCGUCCCCAUUUUUAACCAACAAAUUGUAUGAGAUAAAAAAAAGACAUUUCUAGAAAUAUUUUGUCAAUCAAAUGUGCAAUUGUGGUAAAUCAAAGAGAACUCUUCUGUCUCCAAAGAUAGUUUUGUUUUUUGCCCAUUUGCCAAAUGAUUUGGAUGUAUUUAGAUUCUAGAUUAUUGUAAUUUUUAUUUCUUUAUUUAAUUAUUUCUAGGUGUCCGAUAUUUCUUGCUAAACCAGUCAGUGGUGCGUUUAGACAAUUUUUAAAUAUUUAAAAAUAUCUCAUUAAACAUCAUGUUUUUAUCUAGGCAUCUUGAAAACUGGGGCCAUCCAUUCAUGCAAGGCAGUGUGAAAGUGGUGCUAGCCGGGGCUGUUAAUAUCAGGGGGUGCAUUAUCUAUGUUAUAGAGGUUGUACAGCAAAACCUCUGUUACGCACUGGCUUCUAAUAUGAGAAAUUAAUCUCCUAUUUUAAUUUUAAUUGGCUCGUUGUAAGCAGUGCCUAACAAAGGAGGAUACCAUAGAGUCAACAAUAUUAAAGAUACUACACCCAAAACAGUUUCUAGUUACAAUUAAUAAGAUUUAAUAAGUAUUAAUGUAAUUACAAAAGAAAAGAAAUAUCAUUACAAAUCAUCGACUUACAGUAUGAUAGAUCUUGUACCGGUACACAUUUAACACAGUUAGAACAAUGUGCCAAUGAAUGCGAAAUAAACACAUAUGAGUAUGAGCACACAAAUACAAAAAGAAUAAUACAUGUCUCGUAAAGUUAAUAAUUUCUAUCUGAAUCUCCGUCUCUCCGUCCGUGCCUGUCAAUCCCUUAUAUAGGUCGUGUAAGCCCUGCCUUCCAGAAAGACUUAUGACGUUUCUAGAACUAUCACAUUCAUUCUACAAAAUACUAUUUGGAACAGAUUAAUUAUUUUUAGUGGCUGUCGGCAUCAACACGACAUAUCAAAAGACUAAGCCACACCCAUCUGUGAACACAGCGUCUCAUGCGGGGUCAAUCAGAGUGCACGCACGAGAAAAAUUAUGUAAACAAGCUCUAUAUAACACCUCAGUUUUAUGACUUUUAAGUUACCAUUAAAUGAGGUUGUAAAUCGGAGGGGUCAUAAAAAAAAAAGUAGGACACUUUCGAAAAACUACAUAAUUAUUAACUAGUAAAAAAAUGCACAUACCAUUAAGUACAGGCAAUAUCUAACAUCUUUCGUUCAGAAAUAAAGAUUAAACUCUGUCUCACAACCAAUAUAGUCACUAUCUUCCUGUUCCUCGUUAAUUCCAAAAUAAAAAUCAAUUCUGGUAUGGCAGUUGUUUAAAAGCGUAAGUGCUGAGUGCAUGCUUACAGUUAUAACUAUGUAUAAAAUAAGCUCAUUAAUAUUGUUGUAAUUAUUUUUAUUAAAUCAUUGAAAAGUUAUUUUUUGAAUGAAAGCUGUUAAUUCUGUUUGUUUGCAUGAUCCCCCCACCCAUGCAUGUUCUUUUAGUAUGUCAUUUUGAAUACCAGAUAUGGUGUCGGCGAGGUGUGAAAGGCCUCUGCUCAGGGAAAAUCUGGUCAGCUCCUAGGAGUUAUUUCCCCUUCACUACUUCCUAGCUGCUUUAAUGCAUCAUCUGCUGUUAAAAGUUGUAAACGAAACUGUUUUCAUCAAUCACACAAAUAUAGCAUUGCUUUGGAAUCUGACUUUUUCAAGUGCUAGGUCGUAAAAUUGAAUUAUUUGAAGGUCGCAAGUCGCGUUUUAGAGGGUGUCAUUUAAGAGAGGUUGUUUAUAUAGUAAAAAGCAUCAGUAAAUUUUUUUCAGCCGUAUGGCAAGAGGAAAGUCAACACAUUAUUAAUAAAGCAAAACGAAUCCAUCCAAUUGUAUAAAAUCACUAACACUCAGCACAAAUCAGAAUCAACUUAGGUGUCAUCUAAAUAACAAAGUCUUUCCUAUCGAAUUAGAGCUGACCAACCACACCACUUAAACAACUUAAUUGUUUACUAUAUUAAAAACAAAAUUUUAUAAAUUUAUUUCCACUUUUAAUCCAAUGUGACAUAUAGCGGCCAUGGUGCAAACAGUUAUUCACUUGAGUAACUAGUGUUUGCAUUUACUAGAUGGCGCUUAGUAACCUACAUACAUAUUAUAUUUAUUUUUACUCAAAAUUUUAUUUUGUUUAUGCAUUCGCUAUUUUAAAGUGUUCUUGUAAGUAUUUAACACAGGGAGCCUGUUGAAGACCUGAAUUUGACAUAGGUGGCGGAAGACAAACGUUUUAGAACUACUGGCGCUUCCCCAUAAAUGUUACAUACAGGGUGGACUAAUUAUUACUGUAAUACCUCUACUACUUAGUACUAUCUGAGUAUAUCUAGCGAGUUCAUUUCUGAAAAUACACUGCAACAUUAUGAUGAUAAUACCUACAAAACAUGGCGUGAUAAAUUUACAGCAUUCAAAAUAUAAAUAUAUGCUAUUUUUUGGACUUUCAGAGUUACAAGAUGAAUAUUGUUGACUUUUUGAAUAACAUACAUACUUUCUGCCAAGACCCCUAUUAAAGAUAGAAAGAUGAAAUUGAUGUUUUUUGGAAAGCUUAUAGCUAGCCCUUUAAUAUUAUUAUAUCUUUAGUGGCAAUCAGACAAUAUUAAUAACAUUUUGUCAAAGUAUUUUAAUCAAUCCAAACCUCGCCCAUAUCAAUUUAACAUUAGAAUGAAUAAGCAAAAUCAGAGAUGAUAUGAAGAGAAAUAAGUUAAAAUAGCUUCUUUAAUUUGUUGUGAUUAUGUUGUUUAAGUGAUUUACUUCAAACAUAAACUUAGUUUAAAAUAAUGAGAUUUACUAAAAAUUCCAGGUGGAUUACUUAGCUAUUUUUCUGCCCUGUUUGGCAGCAAAGAAAGGCGAAUUCUUAUUCUUGGAUUGGAUGGAGCUGGAAAAACAACAAUAUUAUAUAGACUUCAGGUUGGGGAAGUUGUCACAACCAUACCAAGUAAGAACAAUUUAUCACAAAUAUCACCAAUAUGUAGAGCUAUAUUUAACAAAUAACCAUCAAUAUUUAAAAAUAUGUUCCAUUAUAAUUAUGCUUGCAAUUUGAAUUAUUAGAUUUGUACUUGUGAAUGAAUUCUUUUUUUGUGUGGACUAAAACAAAAUUUAAUAUACAUUCCUUCUAAUCUGGUUUUCAUUUAUUAGCUCAGUUUUGUAUUUAUAACUUUAUUUGAGUGUUAAACAUACUCUUUUGGGUAUAGACACAAGAUAAGAAGCAUCAUGGAACGAUUUGUUGUUGUUUCUCUCAUAGUGUAGUUCUCUAUUUAACAAGUUUCGACAUUUGUGUUUAUUGUAACUUUCUGAAAAUAAAAUGUUUUAUUUAAAAAUCUUUUUCCUAGCUAUUGGGUUUAAUGUUGAAACUGUUACAUACAAAAAUCUGAAGUUUCAAGUUUGGGAUUUGGGUGGACAAACAAGCAUCAGGUAAAUUUUACAUGUAGGGAAUGCUCAUUUGUUUAGUAAUGAAAAUUUUUAUUUUUUUAAAAAAGGAAUUCAAAAAUUUUUAAUUAUCAUAGUACAAAUAAAAAAUUGCCAAGGUGUGCUUAAAAUUUUGUUUCAGAAGUCAAUUUUUUAAUCAUAGAAUUGGAUGGCCAAUGUCUGAAAUUAAUUUAGUCAAAUUAUUUUAUUCCUAUGUGUGUAAUUAAUUUGUCAGACUUUGUAUAUUUUUUAAUCAUAUCUUAAAUUUUUCUGCAGACCAUACUGGAGAUGUUAUUAUUCGAAUACAGAUGCUAUUAUCUAUGUAGUAGAUAGUAUGGACAGAGACCGUAUCGGAAUCAGCAAGCAAGAAUUAGUUUCAAUGUUAGAGGUCUGGACUACUUUAUUAAAACUAAUUACAUUUUUAAGAUGAAAAUAUUUUCUGGACUCAGCAAAAAAUAUGUACAAAAACUAUGAAUAGAAAUUUUCCUCAUUUUCAGCAAUGAUAAAACAUUUUGUAAAGUAAGAUACAUUUAAAAGCCUUUAUAUAUCUAAAUUAUUUUCUUUUAUUAGGAAGAUGAACUGAAAAAGGCAGUGCUAGUUGUUUUUGCCAACAAGCAAGAUAUAGAAGGUGCCAUGACCGUCACAGAAGUUGCCAACUCAUUGGGUCUACCAGCACUGAAGAAUAGAAAAUAUCAGAUUUUUAAGACAUCUGCAAUCAAAGGGGAAGGCUUGGAUGAAGCAAUGGAAUGGUUCGUAAUAUAAAUUAAAUAUAUCUUUUAAAUUUUAACUUGAUUUUUUAAAAUCAUGGUUUCGUACUUUAAAUGAAAUUUCAUAUAUUUUAAAAAAUAGUAUUAGGAACAAACGUUUAGGAUUAAGACCCAACCCUCUGAACAAAUAUAAACCAAUUAGUUCCAACAGAAAUCGUGUAAGGAUUCCUUAACAUAUUUGAUAAUGUUUUGACAUUGUCUAUAUUCUACCAGGCUUACCAAUACUUUAGUCCAAGCCAAGUAGGUGCAAUACUGGCAAGCAGCUGUAAAAAGAUGGGGGCGAACAAGAAGUGUAAAGAAUUAAUAAAUGUUAUACUAGUUUACGGAUAGAUAAAAAAUCUUGUUUAUGUCUGAUCCAUAGAAAGUUAUCUUAAAAAGAAAACACAUUAAAUUCCCAAUCUUGUAGUCUCAUUUUUCAUUUUAAAAAACAAAUUCCAUCAUUAAAAAAGAUCACAAAAUUUAAAUAAAAAGUUAUUAGAAUAUUUCUUUAAUUUCAUUUUCAAUCAUAUUUUUAAAUAUGUUUAUUCUGAGAUGGAGCAGAUCUAGUUCAUUUUUUUAUCUAUUCUCAAGGAUUAUUUUGAAUGCAAAAGAAUGUGAGUUCCUGUGAUAACAGCCGAUUCAAGUAAUUGUGUAUCUGUAUGCCAUCAGAUAAUUCAGCUUCAACAUAUAGUAUAAUAUAAACUUUUUUUCAGAAAGUUACCCCAAGGAAUCAAAUUUGAUAGUUUUAUUUUAGAUACAAAGCUUAUCAUUUUUAAAAAGUAUUGUUUAUAAUCUCAAAAGUGUAAUUGAAUGAAAAGUCCUUAUAGUUACAGAUAAUACAAGAAAAGUACUUAUAGUUACUGAUAAUACACAUGUAGUGUAUUAGUGUGUUAGAUGUUAAAAUUGUAAAAUGUAUUUUAACAAGACGUUUUUUCUGCAGAGGAAUAUUUAUAUUUCAAAAGAGUCAGUCAAAUCUUUUUAAUCAACAACAAAAAAAAAUUCUUUAUUUGUGAUUAUAAAAUUAAAAAAAACAAAAAAACAACAGCAUCAUAAAUUGUUAAAUAAUUUAUAUUUGAUAUGAAAUUUUAAGAAUGAUUGAAAAAAGACAAGAAAAUUGGUUUGAGUUGAGAUAGACACAAUUUUAUGCCAGUUAAAAAAUAGUGUUUCCUUAUACAGCUAUGUUACUCAGGUAAUGGUCACAACCAUGGGAUGUUGUUGAACACCGAUCAUACCUUCAAAUUUGUUAUCCUUGUGGUAGUCAGCUUCAAAUCAUUUUGAUGUCAAGGGUUGAAGGUCAGUGAAAAAACUUUGUGACAAAAAUGAAAAUGCUGAGUUCGAUUACUGUUAUUGAAAGUUUUUGUCAAUUGUUUGGUGUCCCGCCUUGUUUUGUAUCUUUAAAUAGAAUUUUAAUUUCUAAGCAUCUCGGCAUUGAUAGUCUUACUUGGAAUAGGAGUUAUGGUAAAUUGUUUGCAAAAAGUGAUGGAUGUAGUAUUUUUUUAGCGUGUAUAUGUUGGUAUUUGUGUCCCAGACAGUACUAAAAAUAUGGACCAGAACACAACUUUUGACUGGAUUUCAUUUUCACUAUCAUGUAGUUUAUGAAAAUGUGCUAUUGAUUCAAUAAGCUUUUUGUAUCUGAUUUUUGUGUGAUGUCAGUACCAGCAUACCUCGUUACUACAGAAAAGCAACACAUUUUUAAAUUGCAAUUGCAGUAUAUUGCUUUAAAGCCUUAGUAAGCAUCUGACUCUUUUUUCAUAUGUGUUCAGUUAAUCCACAGCUAAAAUAACAAUAAAAUAUGUCCAACCAGGCAAAUUAUAUAAUCCGACAUAGUUUCCAAAUGUAAUAUGCUUUAGAAGUGCAGUAGAGUGAGGUAUGUCUGUUUUAUAAUUUAUUAUUUAAUUUGCUUACUUCAAUGUUGUAAUUAGCUUCACAAUUUAUAAGAAAAGUGAUAUAUGACUGUAGAUUCAGCAUCAUAUGUAUCCUAUUCUUUUUCAGACAACAAUUUUUUAACCAUCAAUGUCAUUAGUAAAUUAGAAAUGUUAACAUAAUAUUAUUUGAUACCGUCUUUGGGGGAAAUAACUGUUAUACAGAUACAAGAACCUAUUCAUUUCUUUCUCAUGUAUCGUCCGUUUCAUGAUAUAAAUAUGAUUAUUGUGUUACUUGUUUAUAAAGUGGGAAUAACCUUAUAUAUUGAUGUGGGAAUAUAUCAUCGUGGUCUGCCUACUUGUAUUGACACAUUAUUCAUUGGAUUCUUUAUUAUUCUUCAUUUUAUUUGUGACCACUUGUAAAUAUGGCCAUUAAAUUUUCAUAUUUUUUUCAAUCAUGUCUAAUGAAAUAAAUAACGUUGGCAAUAAAAAAGUUA